AUGGAAGAUUUGAUAAGCCAACUACCCAAUGAGUUGCUGCGAGAGAUACUCUUGAAUCUUUCCACCAUUGAGUCUGUUAGGACUAGUGUCUUAUCCACCAGAUGGAGAAAUCUCUGGCAAAGUGUUCCUGGACUGUACCUAACUGGUGACACACUUGUAAACUUGAAGUUGGAAUAUGUAUUGCUGCAUGACUUUGAUGGUUGUGAGUCUUUCAAUCUACCUCACCUUGAGGUUAUGCAUAUAGGUUUUGUUUUGGUUCCGAGUGAUGCGGUUCUAGAGAUGCUUAUCUCUUGCUCUCCAGUUCUCCAAGUCUUGAGCAUUCAUGAUGUUGGAGUGGAACUUUUGAAAUUACGAUCUCAGACUUUAAGGAGCUUGAGUCUAGUAGGUGUUUUUAUCUUUAAGGGAGAAAAUGAUUCCUCGGAUGAUGUUGGAGAAUCUGGAGUUGUGAUUGACACUCCUAGCUUAGAGUUUCUGCGUAUCAGACGUUAUCCACUCGAAUACUUCAGAGUGGAGACUAUUAGUUCUUCCAUCAAGAUGUGUAUCGAUGCUUGCUUUGAUGGGGAAAUGACUUUUCAAAGACGCAAACUUGGCACAAGGUCUUUGCAGGGUUCUCGGAGGUCACAGACCUUAGCAUAUCUGGCCAUACUCUAG